AUGAACAAAUAUUGUAAAAACACAUGCGGACUUUGCGGAUCUUCAACUGCAGCUGUACCUGAAGCCCCUGUGACCGAAGGUAGGUUUAUAGCAAGCUUAUAAACGUUGAUUUUGAAGAAUGUACCGACGGUGCCACAAAUUGCCAAGAUUUUGUUGCGCAGUGCGGAACUCCGAAGAUGCAGACCUAUUGCAAGAAUACUUGCGGUCUUUGUGCAUCGUCGACCCAACCUCCGGCCCCUGAACCAGAACCAGUACCAGACCAACGUAAGCAUAAAAAAUAAAGUGACGAAAGUACAUUUACAGCGUGUAAGGACGGAGCUACAAACUGCAAAGACUUUGUAAACCAGUGUGGAAGCAAUCCGCAGAUCCAAGAAUACUGUAAGAACACGUGCGGUCUUUGUACUUCAGCCCCUGCAAAGAGCGUCGACUGCGACGACAGAGCGACCAACUGCGAAUCGUUCAUUGGAAACUGUGACACCACCAACGAACAAGCUAAACAAUACAUGCAGUACGCCUGCCCAAAGACUUGCGGAACCUGCCCAAGCUAA